AUGGCCGCAGAUGCGUCGGAAAGGAAGGCUCUGAGAUACAAGCAAACUCUGCUCUAUGGGGAAUACCAAGAGCACCAAGGAGGCUCGGGGAGGCGGGAGGCCACACGCCUGCUGACAGAGAGGCAGAUCAAAAAACAUGGUAAUCACCAUCACAACCAUGGGAGGACACGGCACGGGCAUGGUCGCCAUGGCCAUGGUCAUCACAGCAGGCAGAGGACUAAAUAUCAGACCAACAUGGACAGAGAGUGUACUGAUGAGCAAACACCUGAACAAGAUCUCACCUCGUCUAUGAAGAAGAAGCGCUCCUACUCCAAAUGCAGAGACUGUAUAGCACGAGUGCAGCGAUUCCUUGUGACAAGGCUGGGAGAGGACUGGAUUUUCCUGAUUCUGCUGGGUAUUACAAUGGCACUAGUCAGCUGGACAAUGGACUAUGCCAGUGCAAAGAGCCUGCAAGGUUCUGGUAUCCCAGAGUUGAAGACCAUCCUGAGAGGGGUUGUACUAAAGGAAUAUCUAACACUCAAAGCCUUUGUGGCCAAAGUCAUUGGUCUGACUGCAGCUUUGGGCAGUGGCAUGCCAGUAGGAAAAGAGGGCCCUUUUGUCCACAUUGCCAGUAUCUGUGCAGCCGUUCUCAGCCGCUUCAUGUCCUUCUUUUCAGGAGUUUAUCAGAACCCAUACUGUUAUACAGACAUCCUCACAGUGGGCUGUGCAGUUGGGGUGGGCUGCUGCUUUGGUACUCCACUUGGAGGUGUGCUUUUCAGUAUUGAGGUAACAUCCACAUACUUUGCUGUCAGAAACUACUGGAGAGGAUACUUUGCUGCUACAUUUAGUGCCUUCAUCUUUAGAGUGCUGUCUGUGUUUAACAAAGAUGCAGUGACCAUCACUGCUCUGUUCAGGACAAACUUUCGUAUGGAUUUUCCCUUUGACUUGCAGGAGCUACCAGCCUUUGCCAUCAUCGGGAUCUCCUGUGGGUUUUUGGGAGCGUUUUUUGUCUAUCUCAACAGAAGAGUGGUUUUGUUUAUGAGACGACCAAACGCUAUGACUCGCUUCCUGAUUAAACAUCGACUGGUCUUUCCUGCUGUGGUUACGUUCAUUAUCUCCACCUUGACUUUCCCACCUGGAUUUGGACAGUUCAUGGCAGGCGAGUUGAUGCCCCGAGAGUGCAUCAGCUCUUUGUUUGAUAACUUCACAUGGACGAAGAUUUCAGGAUCUCCUCCCCCAGUCGGUCUGGGCCGCUCCGCCGCCUGGCUGCAUCCCGACGUCAGCGUCUUUGUCAUCCUGCUGCUCUUCUUCCUCAUGAAGUUCUGGAUGUCUGCAGUGGCCACCACCAUGCCCAUCCCUUCCGGAGCCUUCAUGCCGGUCUUCAUACUUGGAGCUGCAUUUGGCAGGCUGGUCGGUGAGAUUAUGGCCACCCUGUUUCCUCAUGGGAUUGUGUUCGAUGGCAUUCUGUACCGCAUCAUCCCCGGAGGGUACGCAGUCAUUGGAGCAGCAGCAAUGACGGGAGCUGUGACUCACACAGUGUCAACGGCGGUUAUCUGCUUUGAGCUGACCGGCCAGAUCUCGCACAUCCUGCCUAUGAUGGUAGCUGUAAUCCUGGCCAAUAUGGUGGCCCAGGGCCUGCAACCCUCCCUCUACGACUCAAUCAUCCAGGUCAAAAAGCUCCCGUACUUGCCAGAGCUCGGCUUUGGACACAUGAGCCAAUACAACAUCUUUGUGGGGGACAUUAUGGUGAGAAAAGUGAAGUUUAUUUCUUCCCAGUCCACAUACAGAGAAGUCAAACACCUCCUGGAUUCCUUCUCACUCAAAACAAUUCCCUUGGUAGACUCAAAAGAUUCUAUGAUCCUGUUAGGCAGCAUUGACCGGUUGGAGCUUUUGGCUCUUUGCGAUUGGUGGUUGUCACAAGAGAGGAGGCUCCUGAUGCAGGGUCGCAGCCUGCAGGAGCAGAACCAGAGUCAGAAACACAGCUGGGAGUCCUUCGCCUUCGUAGAUGAGGAGGAAGAGGAGGAGAGAGAGAAGGGCAGUCCUGCUCAGGAGGAGAGAAAUGGACCCCUGCCUCCUCCAAAACCUCAGGAGCCUUCAUCAAACCACACCGCCCCUGCUCCUGAAAAAGGUCCUCUGCAGUCUGUGAGGAAAACUCUCCGAAAUCUCUUCACUUCCAAGAGCAGACCAUCAGAAAGAGAGUCACAGGAGUCCAGCGCCCCUCCUCUGUCAGACAGUAUGACACCAGAUGAGAUCAAAGCCUGGGAAGAGGCGGAGAUGGACAAACCGAUGGAAAUCGAUGAGAUACGUGUUGACCCUUCCCCUUUCCAGCUGGUGGAGAGAACAUCGUUACACAAGACCCACACAUUAUUCUCGCUGCUUGGACUUAGUCAUGCUUAUGUGACCAGUAUCGGCAAACUUGUGGGGGUAGUGGCAUUAAAAGAGCUUCAGAAAGCCAUCGAAGGCUCCACACGCUCUGGUGUGCGGCUCCGCCCUCCUCUGGCCAGCUUUCGGGACGUCAGCAACCACAAGUCUGUCCCUAAACCUCCACCUUCUUCCACUGCUCCUUCCUCUCCUUCCUCCACUUCUCCUCCCUCACCUCAGAUUGUCCCAGAGCCUCUCCCUUCCUCACCACCCGACCACCCCCUGUCUCAUCACAAUCAACAUAAUCAUGAUCAGCCGCAUCCCCAGGAGGAUGAAACGGAGGUGUGGAUUGAGGGUGUGACUCGGGAGGUGGAGGAGAGCAGCAGCAGCAGCACUUCAGGCAGCAGCUCAACUAGCAGACGAUACAGCUACAGCAGCAACCUCACCCUUCCUCCGUCCUCCACUCCUCCUCCUGUCCCUCCUCCUUCUACUCCUUCUUCUCCUUCGUCUUCCAUCCCUCUUUCCAACCUGAGGCCCACACAGGGACUCUUCGAGGGAGAUGAAGACAGUGAUGAUGAGCCGAUGGUUUAGCUUUUAGCUGUUUUUUUUUUAUAAUGGAAAACUUUUUUUAAAGGCUUGAUUUUUUUUUUCUUCUAUUCUUAAUGUGUUGCUUGUGUCUUUGGACAUCCAUUUACCUCUUUCUAUUAAGCUGUUAAACAUUCUGUCAAAAUCUUCUCCUGAACAGUGUUUAAAUACACUUAUAUCCACUCUGCCCACCCAGUCUCCACCUAUUCCUCUAUAGAUCUCCGUAACUGUUUUGCUUCUCGUUCAUUCUCGCUCUCUCCCAGUUCUUUUUUUUCUCUUCUCAGACAUUUCAUGUACUGGUGAAACUCUGAGAUUGUUGCCAUAGGAAUGAGUCUAAAGCAGCGUCAACUGAGAAAUAAAUAAAUUAUUCUUAUUAAUAAUAAUAAGAAUACAAAUAUCAAUAAUAAUAAUUAUUUUUACUUUAUUAUUCCCAAAUGGGAAAUUAGGCUCUGCAUUUUACACAUCUGUAGUUGUCUUUACUAGAGACCAGUCAGCUGCCCUAUGCCAGCACCUGGAGAGCAGUUGGGGGUUGAGGGUAAAUAAGGGCAUGAUGUAUUGUUGUCAUUUUCUUUGUAGCAUUUAGAAAUAGUCUGUUCUCUGCCUCUAAACACUAUCCAUCAUUUAUCCUUAACAACUGUUGAAAAGGAAGAAAAACCUUUGCUGCACAAAACAGAAGUGAACCUAUGCAUUAGUUCUGCACUACCUGAAAGUUUAUGUCUUAAAAGUUUUUUUUUUUUAUUAUUAUAACUUGCAACAGACCAUUUAGGUAGCAGCGAAGUAAUGCAACUGCUAAGUCUACAGUAGAAGAUUGGCCAAAGCCCCACAACAACCUCCAAACUGUAUGUUGACCUUGUAGGUGCAGCCUCCGAGCUCAUCUCAUCAUGCUCAAGUUGAUAAAUGAAGCAGCUAAAGGCAGCUGACAACAGCUAAACCUUUCCACACAGAUGCUUUUUUCCCCUCUGGUUUUCCAAACAAGGAAGCCUCCCAGAAUUUACCCAGAAUCUCUCAUGAUGACUACUUUGAAUCAUUUCUAACCACGAUGGUGCACAGACAGAAACAUUCAUCUGUCAUUGUGACAAUGAACCACCGCUGACGUUUUGUCACAUAACAUUUAUAUAUGUGUUAAACUUGAAGACUAGAAGUGUUGACACACUGAUAUUUUGAUUCAAGCUUUAAAUGAACUUGAUAAAUGCCUUCAUUAGCACAUCCAUGGCCUUGUUAUGUCAUACAGGCUGUUCGUGUAAGGUUUCCCUGAGUUGAAUAAAGCCGGAGUGACUAUUAAAAUGUGUAGUUUAAGAAGUAGUUCCCAGUGGAAAUGUAACUGAGAUUUUUAAAACAAUUACUUAAAAUGACAUUUUCUUUUAAAACACAAAUUGUUUUAAUCUCAAGUCACAUGGGGUUAUAUAAUGUGCCUCCUUUUUAAAAUCCUGAUUCAGAGAAGUUCUUCAGUUUGCUCUGAUUAAAGUAAAAAUGAAGACUAGAAAGUGAGGAGGCUCUAAAACAAGAUAUCACUGCUGCCACAUCAGCAAACAUUAGCAUAUCCCGACACACAGGACAAUCAAAUAGUUCACUGUAGCAGCUUAUGAACCUGCAAUAAAAUUCAAAGUCAGUUUAAAAAAAACUUGAAGCUUGAAGAAUUUAAGUUUUUCUAUAUCUCAAUAUGUUCAACACAGCAAGCAAAACCUUAACAUUGAGUUGAUGGAUUUAAUAUUAUCAUAAAAAAUAUAAAUUUGUCACCAAACAUUUGAUUGAUAGACUGUUAUUUCCUGGUAAAGUAUAAAAUGUAUUAAAAGUUAUUAAAUCAGCAGACCAUUCAUGAAAUAUACCCAUCUCUUCUUUCACUGUUCUCUUGUCUCAAUCUUAAAUCCUGGAGUCAGUUUCUCAGGUGCUGCUGUAAAAGUCUUUAAACCUGCCAUUUUACCAAAGCUUUUCUCUGUUCAUAUAAAAUGUUUCUGUUUCUUAAGGAGGUCUUUGCUCUCUACACGUCUUUUGUCCUUUGUCUAAGGCUGUGGUAAUACAUUCAUUUAUUUAUAUAUUUAUUAAUUUAUUGGUGUUUUAAUAGAGUCAAAUGCUAUCUCCACAUUUAUGAAACUGUGAACAAUGUGGCUAAAUAAAUUUUAAUGCUAAAUA